AGCCUACCGGCCACCGUGAUAAAACAGAAGCAGCAGGCGGGACGGGACUAUACAAAGCCCAGCAGCCACUGAGCGCAAACAGUAGCAGCAGGAGGGGCGGACUACAAGGCCCGGCAGGCCCCGCGCGCCCGCAGGAAGAGGAAGGACUACAUAAAGGACCCAGCAGGCCUCGCGCCGUCCCAGUCCCGAGGCUGCGGGCGGAAGAUGGCGCACGGUGAGAGCGAACCGGGCGCCGCCAGCUCCCCGGCCCCCGGGCCGUCGGGCCCGGUGUCCUUCGGCUUCAGCCGCACGGCCGUCCGGAAGCGGCUGGCGGAAGGCCGCGAGGGGCAGCGGCAGGAAGAGGAGGAGAAGGACUUCGUGCGGGCCGUGGAAGGCCGGGAGCUGCGCAGCGUGCGGCCGCCCGAGGAGGCGCCCCGGGAGCUGGUGAUCCCCCUGCUGCAGCGGGGCCACGGCCGGAGGGCGGCCCCAGCCGCGGCCGCGCUCCCCGAGGAGGGCGUCCUCCGCCAGGCCGUGGAGGAGCUGAUCGAGGAGUCGAAGCGGGCCCUGCGGCAGGGCCCGGACGCCGAGGCCGCCGACCCCUCCGUGGCCAUCCCGCUCCUGGCCCGGGCAGGGGACGCGGCCGAGGCCCCGGAGUCGGUGGGAGCCGACUACGAGGCGGUGCCCGUGGAGGCCUACGGGCUGGCCAUGCUCCGGGGCAUGGGCUGGAAGCCGGGGGAGGGCAUCGGGCGCACCUUCAAGCAGGUGGUGAAGCCCCGGGAGAACCCCCUGCGCCCCAAGGGGCUGGGGCUGGGGGCCAGCCUGGCCCCGCCCGCGGGCCCCCCGGGGCCGAGCCAGCCCGGGAGCAAGGAGGACCAGGAGCCGGCGGGGCUGGCCCCGGGGAGGGCCGUGGCCGUCCUGUCCGGGCCCCACAGGGGGCUCUACGGGAAGGUGGAGGGGCUGGACCCGGACAACGCCCGGGCCGUGGUGAAGCUGGCCCCGUCCGGCCGGGUGGCCACGCUGAGCGAGCACGUGCUGAGGCCCGUCAGCUGUCAGGAAUACGAGAGGCGGGCCCGAGCCGCCGGUGACCCGAAGACGGGGCGUGGGGAGCCCCGGGACGGAGCGGGGGCCGCCCAGGACAAGAAGGGGCUGAAAAGGAAGCACCCCCCGGCCGAGGAGAGGCAGGCGCCCCACUGGCUGCGCAGAGACCUCCGGGUGCGCUUCGUGGACAAACGGCACCACAAGGGCCGCUACUACAACACCAAGAUGACCAUCGAGGACGUCCUGAGCCCGGACACGUGUGUGUGCAGAACGGACGAGGGGCGGCUCCUGGAAGGACUAAGAGAAGACAUGCUAGAGACCCUCAUCCCCAAGGAGGAGACAGCCAGGGUCAUGGUGGUGCUGGGGCCGCAGCGGGGCCAGGUGGGCCGGCUUCUUGGCCGAGACAAGGAGAAGAGCCGGGCCCUGGUGCAGCUGCUGCAGGAGGAGGGCCAGGGGACCGUCCUGCAGUUGGGUUAUGAUGCCGUCUGCCACUAUGUUGGGCCUGUGGCCGAGGACUGAAGGGCCCCCUCCUUGUGGUGACUGAGGAAUGUAGAGCAGCCCAAGACUGGGCAGAGAGGAGGGGCUGUGUUUCACUGUGCCUUCCUCUUGGCAGAGGCCUCUAGUGCCCAUCCUCAUGCCUUAGCCUUGUGGAGCAGGGGCAGAGAGGACAAGGGGAAAUCACAGGGCCAAGCCUGCCUGCCUGCCCUUGGUUUGGUUAGUGGUUCUGUCUAAAUAAAAAUGCAUUUUCAAAAAAAAAAA